UCAAUGGUGUGUGUUUGUGUGUGUGAUGACAACAAAAUAAUAAAAAAAUAAAUAAAAAAUACUCACUCACAUGUUGAUGAUCAGGGCAGCAGAACAAUAUUGUUAUUAAAUUAAAAAAUAAAAAUGGAUAAUGCAACAAAAGUCAAAGCAGAAGAGCCUGAAUUAAUUCCUGAUUUUGCAAAACCAGAAAUUCAAGAAGCCAGGGCAUUUUUAAGAGAAAGAUUUCUAACAUUUAUCAAUGGAAUUGUUUCCAAAGAUGCAAAAUUUAAUUUAUACGAAAAUUCAAAAGUAUCUGGUGAAUUUCGAGGCACUGAUGUUGAUUGUUUAGAAUUAUAUGUCAAAAAUUUAUCAACACCAUUGGGAAAAAUACCACAAGCAGUACUAAGAGCAACAGAUGUUAUAACAUUCGAAAUAGAAAAUUUAAAAGAUGAAUAAAUAAAUCUAAAAAAGAAACUCAAACAAUAUGUUGAUAACUAAAAAUUUAUUUGUCUUUUUUUUUCAUUCAACCUUUAGAGAUAAUUUCAAACAUUGUAUAUUUACAGAA